CAACAGCUUUGAUAAUCAUGAUUUUCUAGAUAAAGGAAUUUCUAAGCUCUCCCUUGUGAAUGAGCUAGAUGACAGCUUACUUCUUGCAGCUUCGUGUAAGAUACUAGACUGCCGCCUAGUUUUCUCAUACUUUUUGGGCACAUAGCUGUUAUCAGUUCAGCUCCCUGGAGUUUAACUUUCUGUCUAUGCAUGAUCCAGGUGAUGGAAAUAUUCGCAUUUGGAAAGACUAUGCAUCGAAGGAUAAGCAGAAACUUGUUACUGAUUUCUCUUCAAUUCAGGGUUAUAAACCGGGCAUUCGAAGCUUGAAUGCUGUUGUAGAUUGGCAACAACAAUCUGGAUAUCUGUAUGCUUCUGGUGAGAUUCCUUGCAUCAUGAUUUGGGAUCUGGAUAAGGAGCAACUUUUUAAUUCUGUUCUUUCAUCACCAGACUGCAACAUAUCAGCAUUGGUCAGUUAUACUUUUGUUGUGUUCUUGUGUGCAGCUAUAAUGAUUGCAUUAAUUUUGUUACAUGCUUAUUAUUUUAAACUUAAAAUCUGUAGAAAAGGUAGUGAGUUGAUAGUUUAUGAAGGACAUUCCCUUGUAUUAGAUUGUCAAACAACAAAAACUUGGUUAACUAUUGCAAUAGCAUUUGGUGUUGGGUGGAUUUGGUAUCAAGCCUAUUCUUAUAUUUUAUUCUCAACUCCUGGAACUGUGCUAGUUGGGAUGAGGUUUGCCAAGUUUUUUGUUGUUGAUAUUGAUCUUUUGUUGUUUUCCUCUCAAGUUCAUGGCAGUCAAUUUGCUGCUGGUUUUGUUGAUGGUUCUGUUAGACUCUAUGAUGUGCGAAAACCUGAAUCGUAA